CACACAGCCGAUGUUGCUGCCGCUGCUGCGUGACGGACCGAGAGCUGUAGCGGUCCUCAAUUGUUCUCAAUCAGCCAGCGACGCGGUGCUGGGGCUCAGAGUGCCAUCGCAGCUAUGUGCGCAUAGAUGUGCAAAAACCUCUGGAAUAUCCCAUUGCUGGAGAGGCUGCAAGCGAACCAGCGUGGACGUCCGCGUCCGUUCCGCCGGCUAAAGGGAACUGAGGGACGGCGACAGCAUGGCGGUAGAAGAGGAAGGUCUGCGGGUUUUUCAGAGCGUUAAAAUUAAAAUAGGAGAAGCCAAAAACAUCCCUCCAUACCCGGGGCCAAACAGGAUGAGGGACUGUUAUUGCACUGUCAAUCUGGACCAAGAAGAAGUCUUCAGAACCAAGAUUGUCGAGAAGUCGCUAUGUCCGUUCUAUGGAGAGGACUUCUAUUGUGAGAUCCCACGUAGCUUCAGACAUCUCUCCUUCUAUAUCUUUGACAGGGACGUCUUCAGGAGGGACUCGAGUAUCGGUAAGGUUGCGGUGAAGAAAGAAGACCUGCAGAAAUAUCACGGGAAAGACACCUGGUUCCAGCUCCAGCCUGUCAGCGCUGACUCAGAGGUGCAGGGAAAAGUGCACCUGGAGCUGCGUCUGAGCGAAGUCAUCACAGACAGCGGCGUCAUCAACCACAAACUAGCUACCCGAGUGCUGGAGUGCCAAGGUCUUCCCAUCGUUAAUGGCCAAUGUGACCCUUAUGCUGCUGUCUCGCUACUUGGUCCUUCCAGGUCAGAAGCAAAGAAGACCAAAGUGAAGAGGAAAACCAAUAAUCCGCAGUUUGAUGAAGUUUUCUAUUUUGAGGUGACACGGCCCUUGAGCUACACAAAACGACAGUUUGAUGUUGAAGAGGAAGAUGUGGACAAACUAGCUUUGAGGGUGGACCUGUGGAAUGCCAGCAACUUGAAGUUUGGUGAUGAGUUCUUGGGAGGAGUGCGGGUUCCACUUCGAGUUUUGGGUCAAUUUGGAGUCCACGAUGCAUGGUACUAUCUUCAGCCCAGGGAAAACGGAGGGAAGUCUGUCAAGGUGGAAGAACUCGGAUCUCUGCGCCUGAACAUCGUUUACACCGAGGACCACGUUUUCCCCUCGGAGCACUACACCCCGCUCAGAGAUUUGCUGCUGCAUUCGGCGAACGUGCAGCCCGUGUCGGCGUCCACUGCGAACAUUCUGGGGGAGGUGUGCCGAGAGAAGCAAGAGGCCGCUAUACCUCUCGUGCGUCUCUUCCUCCACUAUGGCAAGAUUGUGCCUUUCAUCAGCGCCAUCGCGCAUGCCGAAGUUCACCGCACACAGGAUCCAAACACCAUUUUUCGGGGGAACUCGCUCACGUCCAAAUGCAUCGACGAGACCAUGAAACUGGCAGGGAUGGACUAUCUGCGAGUCACACUGAAACCAAUCAUAGAUGAGAUCUGCACCGAACACAAGCCCUGUGAAAUCGACCCAGUUAAGCUCAAGGAAUCGGAAAACCUGGAGACAAACAGGGGAAACCUUCGCCGCUACGUUGACCGCAUCUUUAACGUGAUCACCACCUCUGGCGUUCGCUGUCCAACGGUGAUGUGUGACAUCUUCUUCUCGCUGAGGGAGUCUGCGGCCACACGUUUCCAAGUGGACCAAGAUGUCCGAUACACAGCGGUGAGCAGUUUCAUCUUCCUGCGUUUCUUCGCUCCGGCCAUCCUCUCGCCCAACCUCUUUCAGUUACGGCCUCACCACCCGGAUCCCGCCACCUCUCGAACGCUCACCCUCAUCUCCAAGACCAUCCAGACGUUGGGAAGUCUCGCCACGUCAAAAUCCGCCAAUUUCAAAGAGGCUUACAUGGCAGCAUUUUAUGAGUACUUCAAUGAGCAGAAGUAUGCCGAUGCUGUGAAGAAUUUUCUGGACCUCAUAUCGACUUCAGGGAAGUGGGAUCAGAAGAGUAUUGAAACACCAAUCAUGCUCAAAGAAGGAAGUGUAAAAGUCACAAUAAAGAGGGUUGAUGGGAAGGGGUCAAAAGGCACCAAGGGCAGAUUUAUGAUAAAGAGAGCGCAAGGAAGAAACCGAUUCGGAAUGAAAAACUUUAAAAAGAGAUGGUUUCGUCUCACCAACCACGAGUUCACCUACCACAAGACCAAAGGAGAGGGCGCGCUGUGCAGCAUUCCCAUCGAGAACAUCCUGGCCGUUGAAAGGCUGGAGGAGGAGUCCUUCAAGAUGAAAAAUAUGUUCCAGGUGAUCCAGUACGAGCGGGCCCUCUACAUCCAAGCCAACAACUGCGUCGAGGCGCGAGAUUGGAUCGACAUCCUGACCAAAGUCAGCCAAUGCAACCACAAGCGUCUCAGCACCUAUCAUCCUUCGGCCUACCUCAACGGCCACUGGCUCUGCUGCAAGCUCUCGGCCGAAGCGGCGCCUGGCUGUACGCCCUGCACCGGCGGGCUGCCAGCCAACAUCCAGCUGGAUGUGGACGGGGACAGAGAGACUGAGAGGAUCUAUUCCCUCUACAGCACAUACAUGACCAAACUGAUCAAGAUGGAAGAGGCCUGCGGCAGCAAGUCGGUGUACGACGGCCCCGAGCAGGAGGAAUACUCCAGCUUUGUCAUCGACGACCCCCAGGAGACCUACAAAACCUUGAAGCAGAUCGUUUCAGCUGUGCAGACUUUGGAGCAGCAGCAUACCAAGUACAAACGAGACAAGUUCAAGAAGACCAAGAUAGGCAGCCAAGAACAUCCAAUCGGGGACAAGAGUUUCCAGUGCUACAUCCGUCAGCAGUCCGAGAGCUCCACUUACUCCAUCUGAGCUCCGACCGGCAGACUCUCGAGAAUCCUCCCGCGAUGUUCCGAGUCAGCGCGUUGGACUCGACCGGAGUAACUCGCGCCGGAUGUGUUGAAUUCAGGGAAUACACGAGUUGGACGUUUCCGAACGGGAAACGGGACGACUCAAGAUGCAACCACUCCACCUAUAUGGAGAAACUGACCUCAGGUCAUUUCGAACAGAAAGGGGGGGGAUGUGAUGACUCGUUCCGGUGAUGUGACGACGGAACCAAACUUUUCACUGGACGGCAUCGACAGUGAAAGACACGCACUUUAAUCACCUCCGAAAAAAUGCACCAACAAGACUCGCCGCACAUUCGUUUUUCAAAAGCUAUAUUUCAUGGCUUUCAUUUGUACUUUGGUCGAUGUCAUAUUUCCUUAAAUAUCACAUCUCACAGACCAAAACUUCAGGAGGAGCAACAGUAUUUCCUGUUUUUGUUUGUUUGUUUUUUUUUAAGGGACUGCCCCCCCCCCAUCCCCCCUGUGAAGGUCGAAAAUGGCUUUUCGGGACCAUGCGCAGCCCGCUGAGCAAAAUGAUGAACUUCCCUGGCGCCGACUGCCGUCAUUUAUCAUCAGCGCGCUAACAAAUGCUAAGCUUUUAUUUUCCGGAGUGUUUUGAAGUCAUGCCCUGGCCGGUUGAGUGAGAUCUGAAGUUGAACUGAAUCCAAACAAAAAAAAAACAACCUGCGAGCCUAUUUUGGUUCCUGUGCGAGCAGUUUCAGCGAUUGCCUCAGACGUUGGCUUUGCAUCACUUCGUCGUUGGAGGUCGUCGGCGCCGGGACGGGAGGUGGUGUCAGGCUACAUACGAAACGCUUGGCGCGUUUCACAAUCAAUUUUAUUGGCCGCCUGCCCAACUGGAUGCAGAGAUUCAUAGGAAUGGCAUCCAAUUUGUGGAUUUUCUGUCUUGGUUUGAAGACAGAAGCAAACUCUCCCUCAGUUAUGAAACGAGUGACAUCACACAACAUCUCCAGCAACCGAGAUUUGUCUUUUGCUUUACUCUGGACGACCACAUCUGACAUUCGAGCCAUCUCACGCCAUUGUGAAAUUGUUUUUUUUUUUUUUUUUGUGACGAGUUGUAUUGCCUAUCGGCUGCCUACUAACUUCAUUUAAGAUGUAUACUUGUGUGUUGCCAUGGAAACACGGACCCGUUAGCGUCCAACGUAUUUGAAAGGCUGCCUGCUGCCAAGCUUGCACCUCAUAUUUCCCUCAAAGGUACCGGAUUUUAAUCUUGCACACACUUUUGUGUGUGUGUGCGUGUGUGUGUGUGUGUGUGUGUGUUGUCCUUGCAACCUUUCUUCACUGUGUCAUUACUGUGUCAUUAUUCUUGCCAAACCACUGCAUGUGUACUCACAGCAGACUCCAGUCACCUCUGUGCAAUCAGGUGAAAAGAAAACAUUCACAUGCUUUCUUCGUAUCUCCAAAUGGUCGUCUCCCCCCCCCACCGUUGUGGUCAGUGCCAGUCUUCUUUUUUUUAAACAUCUAUAAAAUCCUCAGUAAAAAAAGCGUGUGUGUAUGCGUAUGUCUAUAUAUACUGUAUAUAUAUACAGUACUGUAUAUAUAUGUGUAUAUAUCUGUAUGUGUGUAUAUAUCUAUCUAUAUAGAUGGAUAGAUACACAGUAGUUAGCUGGUUUUCUGAAUUUGACAGUUGAAUGACUGAAAUGUUUCUUAAAAUGUGUGUGUGUGUGUGUGUAUGGGUGUGGGUGUGCGAACGUAUAACUGACUUGCCAAGUUUUCGACCCAGUGUUAGUGGUGAGAAGGCAGCAUGCCAAUUGUGAAUUAUACUUUAAAAAAAAAACCCAAAAAACAAUCACUGUCGCCUGUCAUGAUGCUAAUCACAUGCGGCAAC